AUGAGCCCCUCGGAAAUUAUUGCUGUGAUCGGAGCCACAGGCAGCCAGGGAGGCUCAGUCGUGGAUGCCCUGCUCGAAGCUGGAGAAUUCAAAGUUCGUGCUGUUCUUCGCAAUCCGACCCCCGAGAAGGCUGAACCUUUGCGUGCUCGGGGAUUGAGCUUGAUCAAGGCGUUCGAGGGCGUGUAUGGCAUCUACGCAGUCACCGACUUCAUCGAACCAUUCAUGAAAUAUGGCCCGGAAGAAGCCGAGAAAAUUGAGCUAGUUCAAGCGACGAACCUCGCGCAAGCUGCCGCCGCGACAGACUCUCUAUCGCAUUACAUCUGGUCGACCCUCCCUUCAUCGGCCAAACUGUCGCAGGGAAAAUAUCUCACUCCGCACUUCGAGUCAAAGGCUGCGGUUGAUGAGUACAUCUUGAAGGAGCUGCCAGACCUGGCAGCCAAAACCACCUUCUUCUGGAUUUCCUACUAUGCAUCCAACUUGACUUUCCCUCCUUUCACACCCAACCUGCUUCGGUCGAGCGGGCAGUAUGGGUGGAUCCAACCAGUUGACGGAUCAACUCCAAUCACAACGGUUGGUGAUGAGCGGAAAAAUGUCGGGCUCUUUGUGAAAGCCAUUCUGCAAAACCCUAAACUGACCCGCGGAGGGAAGUACGUCCUAGCCGAAGUGGAAACCCUCACCAACCAGCAGGUUUUGGAGAGCUGGGGCAGAGCGACGGGUAAGCCCGUUACAUAUAUCCCUACCACCCUGGAUGCCUACGACUCUUUGUUUCCGAAAUGGGGCAGGGAGAUGGGUGUUAUGUUAGAGUUCUGGAACGCAGCGGGUAAGGAUUCCUGGAGCAAACCAGGAGUUACACCUCUUCAUAAAGAAGACCUGGGAAUUGAUGUGGUUAAAUUGACUGGUCUGGAGACUGCCCUGGGGGCAAUUAAGUGGAAAGGCCUUACUUGA